CUGAUUGGCUGAGGGACCUGAGGCGACAGAUUCCGGAAAGGGGGAAAAAGCAGCGGACAUGGCGGCGGAGCGCGGCGCGGGUCAGCAACUGUCGCAGGAGAUGAUGGAGGUUGACAGGCGGGUCGAGUCUGAAGAAUCGGGCGACGAAGAAGGGAAGAAGCAGAGCAGCGGCAUAGUGGCAGACCUCAGCGAGCACAGCCUGAAGGAUGGACAGGAGCGGGGGGAAGAGGACCCGGAAGGACAAGAGCUGCCUGUGGACAUGGAAACCAUCCAACUGGACAAAGAUGCUGAGGACGUCGACCUGAAUCACUACCGCAUCGGGAAAAUUGAAGGCUUCGAGGUUCUGAAGAAGGUGAAGACGCUCUGUCUCCGUCAAAACCUAAUCAAGUGCAUCGAGAACCUGGAAGAGCUGCAGAGUCUGCGAGAGCUGGACCUCUACGACAACCAGAUCAGGAAGAUCGAGAACCUGGACACGCUGACGGAGCUGGAGAUUCUAGAUGUUUCUUUUAAUCUCCUGAGAAACAUUGAAGGGGUUGACAAGCUGACGGAACUGAAAAAACUCUUCUUGGUCAACAACAAAAUCAGUAAAAUUGAGAACCUGAGCAGCUUACAUCAGCUGCAGAUGCUGGAGCUGGGGUCCAACCGCAUCCGGGCCAUUGAAAACAUCGACACCUUAACCAGUUUGGAGAGCUUGUUUCUGGGGAAAAACAAGAUCACUAAACUUCAGAACCUGGACGCACUCUCCAACCUGAGGGUCCUCAGUGUGCAGAGCAACCGGCUGACCAAGAUCGAGGGCCUGCAGAGCCUGGUGAACUUGCGGGAACUGUACCUCAGCCACAACGGCAUCGAGGUCAUCGAGGGCCUGGAGAACAACAACAAACUCACAAUGUUGGACAUUGCGGCAAACAGAAUCAAAAAGAUCGAAAAUAUCAGCCAUCUAACAGAGCUGCAGGAAUUCUGGAUGAAUGACAACCUCCUCGAGAGUUGGAGUGACCUGGACGAGCUGAAGGGCGCCAAGAGCCUGGAGACCGUGUACCUGGAGCGGAACCCGCUGCAGAAGGACCCGCAGUACCGGCGGAAGGUGAUGCUGGCGCUGCCCAGCGUGCGGCAGAUCGACGCCACCUUCGUCAGGUUCUGACCCUCGCGCUCUCGCCUGCCCCCCUCUCUCCGAAAGAACUUCCUGGUGUGGUUGUCAGUCCACCUGUUGCUCCUGAAGUCAUCACUAUACCAACGGUCACAACCCAAUGGCAAUAAAAAGGCACUGAGUGAUCCCUGCCGUGUGUACCGCCGCUCACCACUGAGAGGCGCUGCUGUUACCAGCCCCACUCGGUCCCGCUGCUCUGUGUUCCCGGAGGAGGGAGGUGGCCCCCGGCCCCGCGGGCUCAGGGAGCCCGUUCCAGGUCCAUCCCAGCAGCCUGGAGCCUGUCGGCCCACAGCUUCCUAGUCUUUUAGACCCGUCAGUGCCAGUAUUUGCAGACGACACACAUUAAAAAGCAAAGCCGUGGGUGGGGGGGCUCAGCCCGCCACGCCAGGACCCUCAGCUCGGUGCGCAGGCCCUGUCCCCUGCCGCCCCCCCAUGGCCCCCUGAGGUCCCGUUGCCACUGGCAGAAGGUGACCCCACCCGAGACUUUCUGCAGAGUCGACCUCUGACCACCUGCCACACUGCCUCCGCUCCGACCCCGCCAUUGUGUUGGCUCUUGUUUUAUAAAGUUUGCCUCGAUGGUCCAGGGGUCCGACUUCCGUCUACAUGGACCUUGUCAUCCUCUGCCGUCCUCGGGGGCCCGUCUGCCCCCCACACUACAGCGCUGCCCUGUCCAGUGUGGGGGCCCCGUGCUGCCCACCGUGGUUGGUUCCAUUCACAUUUAACUUUGUCAAAAUAAAGUCAAGUUAAACAUGCA